AUGAGCUUGGUGUCCCAGGAACAGUUGCUGCAGAACCAGCUCCAGCUCAAGCAGUUGGAGAACCAGCGAAAUAAACAGGUGCAGCAGUCGAAGUCGCUCGACUCGUCGGUGUCCACGAACAGAAGCAGCGUGGCAGCGGUGGCCAUGGCAAACAACUCGGCGUCCGACCCGCUGUCCAUCACGGUGCCCACCAACGCCAACCCCACCGAGAUCUUGGCGGCCCGCUUCAACUCGUGGCGCAUCAUCAUCUCGGCCUUGUCGCACUACUUGAAGGAAACCGUGUCCGUGCACGAGGAGAUCACCCGCCAGCAGAUCCGCUUGCACCACGCCAUCAGCUUCCCCUUCUUGACGCAGGGCUUGGACGGCGAGUUCUACCAGCCGCUCCGCGUCUCCAACGAAACGUCCCACAGCGGCACGGGGAACGGCCCGAAAACAAGCGAGUUCGAGUUGGCCAAGAAGUUCUUCCUCCCCUUGGGCUCCGGCUCCAUCCAGGACUUGCCCACCAUCCUCUACCAGUACCACUCAAAUGCGGCGCUUUUGGCCCAGUCCACCGUGAAGGAGCUCAGCGCAACCAUCAUCCCGCGGUUAGAGGACUUGAAGCGGGACUUGUUGGUGAAAAUCAAGGAAAUCAAGUCCUUGCAGAGCGACUUCAAAAACCAGGUCGACAGGUACCAGAGUGAGACUUCGAGGUUGCUCUCCACAUACGUCCGCUCCAUCGACUUUUGCAAGUCCAGCCCAUCCCAAUUGGACCCGAAGAACGACCCCUACCUCAUCAAGUUCGCCUUGGACCGCUCCAUCAGGCGCCAGCUGACAGAGGAAAACUACCUUCACGAAGCAUUUGUCAACAUCCAAACCUCGGCCAAGGAAUUGGAAAAAGUGGUCUACAUAGAGCUCCAGACUGCCCUGACGGUUUACGCCAAACUACUCGGUCAACAAGCCCAGAACGUCUUUGACGGCUUGAUCUCCAAAUUGGACUCAACUCUUUUAACCAAGGAACCUACAUUGGAAUGGGACUCUUUCAUCGACAGAGACCAUUCAAACUUCAUCGAAUUGGACCUACCAAUGCGUAGAGUCUCGGACAUUCGCUACAAAUACCAGCAUGAAGCAUUGAUCUACGAGAUCAGAUCCGGAUGGCUCGAGCGGAAAUCAAAGUUCUUGAAAUCCUACCAACGUGCAUGGUACGUUCUAACAUCUUCCUUUUUGCACGAAUUCAAGUCCUCGGACCGUAGGAAAGACCCAAUUCCUGAACGCUCCUUAUCGUUAAAUGAAUUGACCGUUUCUGAACACAGUCGUAAAGACGAGAAGAAUCCAAACUCCUACCAUAAAUUCGUUAUCAAGCAUGGCCAAACUGCAGGCCUCCUUCACAAGGGACACAAUUGGGUCUUCAGAGUCGAAAGUUAUGAUCUCAUGAUGGCAUGGUACAACGACAUUAAACGUUUGACUCAAAUGUCGGGUCCAGUUUCUCGUGCCUCAGUUGCGCUUGAAAGGAAACGUGGCCGUCGC